AUUAUUCUCCGCAUUUGUGUGUAAAGAAUCAGCAGACCUAUUUCUUUUAUUUAGGGGUAACAGCAACUACUUACCACUUCCCUUGUCUAACAACAUCCUGCAUUUCAAAGAGGAGUAAGUCAAAAAGAAAGGGGAUCUUCAAACAAGAUAUAAUUCAUACUUUUUUUCAAGAUUUUCUUGUUUUGCUUUUCUUUUUUCAUCAAAUUUAGACAAUAAAUGUUCAAUCGUCAAAUCACUUGGGUUGCAGCUAUUUUCCUCGUACUUCAAUUUGGUGUAUAUACAGUAUCUGCCAUUAUUGGAUGUGCGGCUGAAGCAAAUUUUCAGGCAUGUAAAUCUAUAGAAGUAAGUUUGCUCAAUGGAUGUGGCCCUGUUGAUUACAGCUGCCAGUGUAGUGCACAGAAAUUGAUCCACCAAUGCUUUAAUCUUUGUCCGGAAUACAGUAUCGAUGCUAAUGAACAAGCAAGAAUCGCAACCAGUAUCUGUGUGGCCGUUCCUACUACCUCUGCUGCCCCUGUUACCUCCGGAUCUCAUGUAGGACCAAGUCAGGCUUCCCCUACUUGGGUUGCACCAGCAACUACAGGAUCGACCAGCGCCCCUUCAUCCAGUCCAUCUGUUUCCUCUUCGUUCGGUGUUCAAAUCACACCAGCUACUGGAUUCAUGUCUGUGAUUUUAGUUUUAGGUUUUGUAUUUCAAUUUUAAGUUUUAUUAAUUACACUAAUAGUUUACGC